GGAGAUGGAUGCGAAAACAUUCGAGAAGAGACACUGUGCGUAAACAGUCGUGACGGCAUGGCCCACGACUUGUUCGGCAACGUCAGAUUAGGCAAGCCUUGUGCUUGGCACAAGGCAGGCGUGUGCGCGCGCGUCGACGAUUGGACUCGCCAGCAAGAAAGUCCAAGUGAUUUCACGGUGGCCAAAUGCAAGGAGGGAGCCAGUAUUGACGACACGAUUGCUGUGGUGAAGCCUCCUGCGGCUUCCCAGGGCCAAUUCAGCUCGGACACCAGGGCCCACAUGCCGUGGAGCAAGGCUGACCUGAUGCCGAUGGAUGGUGGUUCAGAUCGAGCUUGCCGUGGAGUGAUGCAGACCCAAACAGGGCAUGUUGCGCGGCUGUACAACAUUUGGACUGCAUCGAACAUUAAUGACUGCAAGGCUCUUUGCACCGGUUCCUGCAAAGGGGUCGAGUUUCAAGCGGAAAACCAGUACUGCGAGGUUUGGUACGGAGAUGUUCUAUUCUCGACAGAGAAUCCGGGUUUUGAAUGCUAUGUUCGUAAGGAUCAGGACCAAGCCGCCAAGUUGGCGCUGGUCAAGCCAAAGGACCAAAGCUGCCUUCGCGCGGAGCCCGAAGGCUGCGCUGCCUUGAAGGAUCGUUUCAGCUGUCUCAGCAGCAAAGAUGGCAGCGGGAAAGAGGACGUCUAUGGUCUGCAGGUGCACGAUGAGCCGUGUGUCUGGUGUGGCGGCGGGCUGUGCCACACUGGCGGCUUGUCCAUGUGCGAGCCCUUUGACUACUUGCUUCGCGGGGCGGGCAAGGAUCAUGCCUUCGGAAGCUUCACGGCAUCCGGCAUCUUCGAAACCCCGUCGUGCGAGGAAGGGCAGGCCUCUGUCUUUGCCCAGAGCGACACAUGGUGGCAGCCAGACCGGCCACUCGAGGCAGAGAUCCAAGAGCUGGCGCCGGUGACGGGAGGCUGUCAGUCUGUCCAGGACAUGGCGACAUGCCUGAGCAGCAAAGACGCAAGCCCCAAUGCCACUUGGGGAUACACUCCGUACAAGGUGCAAGGCGAAGCCUGCGUUUGGUGUGGCGGAGUGCCCUGUACGGAUGCCAGCGCAUCGCUGUGCAUGCCCUUCGAUCUUGUCAUGAACGGACAGGGCCCUCACCACGACACCUUCUACGCAAAGCACUCGUUUAAGGUGGCUGCGAUCAAGGAGUCUCAGGUUGUUGUGGGUGCCGACGUGGAUGUGCAGUGCCUUUCACCGGACAACGAUGGAUGCAAUACGCUUACCGAUGCUUUCAAGUGCCUGGCCAGCGUUGACGGCCGCCCCAACGAGACAAUUUUCGGUCGCAAGGUAAAAGGUCAACCGUGCGUCUGGUGCAACGGCAGGAACUGCAACAGCGAGGGUGGGCUUUGCGAAGCAUAUGAUCUGCAGAUGAACGGUGAGAGCUAUGUCUUUGCGACCAGCUUCGACAAGAACCCCAUGGUGGCUCAAUGCGAGGGCGGCAUGGUCAAAGCACAUCCUCACGUGCAUUCGGCUGUUUUGGCACUUCCCGAGCCCAAGAUGGAGGAGUUGGGCUGCCUGAAUGUCGAGCCCGCGGGAUGCAUGGCCAUUACCGACAAGAUUCAUUGCCUUAGCAGUGUCGAUGGCUCUGUCGGUGCCUCCUAUGGUGGCCUUCGCAUCCGCGGGCAGCCGUGCGUGUGGUGUGGUGGCACGUCUUGCACAAACGGUGGAAGCUUCAAGUGUGCUCCAUACGAGUAUCUCGCCAAAGGCGCUACCAAGGUGUUUCCCCAUGUGACCGCAGUAUCUGCAACUGUGGCCCAGUGCCAUGCCACAAGCCGCUCCUUCCCAGAAGAAGAGACUGCCUGCCUCAAGAUUGCGGAGACGGGCUGCAAUGAGAUCCAUGACAUGGCAACCUGUGUGAGCAGCAAAGAAGGCCGUCCGUACGAGUACAUCGCAGGCUUCAAGGUCAAAGGGGAGCCUUGCGUGUGGUGCGGUGGCGGGCAGUGCAACUCCGGAUCGAUCACCUCCUGCGAGCCGUACGACUGGGCGGUCAAUGGGGCAGGCCACGUCUUCGCAACCCAGAUGAGCACCAGCCUGUACUCCAGGGCGGCCUGUGACAAGGACGGGCAGCCGGGCCCGGUGCAGUUGCCGAGCCAGAUGGAGGUGCAUGGCUUCCACCAAUCCGUGCAGUGCGGACAUCCCAACCCAGUCUGGAUGAAAGUGGGCAAGACUUGCGGCUUCUGCAAGGUGUUGGUUCCUUCGAUCAAGGAGCAGUUUGCCACCUGUGCAGACUACUGCGCCUCCCAAGGUGGGUUGCAGUGCAAGUCGGCUGCUUUCGGUUCUCUGGAUAGCUGCGAUGUGAAGCAAGCUGCCACCUGCGACACGAACUUCGAGGUCUACGGCCACGCGAUCUGCGAGUGCCAGCCACCGGAGAGCCCCUUCAAGGCAGCCAACGAGGCGUUCGCCGGUUCGCUGUCCGCACCGAAGGCUGAUGACAUGAAAUGCCUCAACAGUGUGGAGACAGGCUGCGGCUCAAUCAAGGACAAGCUGAUUUGCCUCAGCAGCAUGGACGGAAGCCCGAAUGCAACUUACCGCUCGACGAAGAUUGCCGGGCAGCCGUGUGCCUGGUGUGGUGGAGUGGCCUGCACAUCGCACGAUCCUAGCGUGAUGUGUGUGGCUUUGGACUUCCUUGUCAACGGCCAGGGCCCUGCGUAUGCCACCCGCCACAUCGCUGCACCCUCCGUUGAUGUAGCGGGCUGCGACAAGGCAAAAACUGCGAGAAACUUCGGCGAUGUUACGUGCCUCAAGCGCGUAGAAGACGGAUGCAACACCCUCAAGGACAGAAACACUUGCUUGCAAAGCGUCGACGGCCGUCCCUUCGCUCAAGUUGCGGGACUCAAGGUGGAGGGCCAGCCGUGUGUGUGGUGCGGGGGAUUGCCUUGCACCUCCAACAACGGAAACCUCUGCGAACCCUACGAGUUUGCGACCCACGGCGAAGGACAUGCCUAUGACUUCAACAAUGAUAACAACUACUACUCCGCGGCUUGCGAGGGUGGAGAGCCUGUUCAGCACACCAUGAGCAGCGCCGUUGCCAUGGCCGGAGUCACUGCUGCCGUGGACUGCGGGAUGCCUUUCCCGCUCUGGCGCGGAGUCAGCAAGACCUGCGGCUUUUGCCAGGUCCUGGUCGCCAUGGAGGCUGCCAAGUCCUACCUCAACUGCGAGUCCUACUGCCAGGCACAAGGAGAGCUUCAGAGCUUCGCGCCGGCGAUGAGCUGCACUGCAGAGUUCCCGAAGGACAUCUCCCCGAUCUGCGAAUGCGCUGCGCCCAGCGUCAAGGAGAACGAUGUGAACAUCAAAUUUGUGGAGACGGUUGCCCGUCCGGCUGAGGAGAAGGGUUGCAGCGCUUUGCACAGCAGGGACGCUUGCCUGAGUAGCAAGGACGCGAGUGCGGAGAGCUAUCGUGGCUUGAAAAUGGCGGGUGAGCCGUGUGUGUGGUGCGGCGGCGCGCCUUGCACAAGUCACAGCGAAGCAAAGUGUGCCCCUUACGACUUCCUCGCGGGCGGUCAAGGACUGGCCUUCCAAACCCGCCAGGCUGCUUCUGUGAUGGAUGUGGCCCACUGCAAGGAAGCCAGCCGCACCUGGGAAAACGUCGGCUGCCUCGCUCGGGCAACAGAUGGCUGCCACAGUCUCACGGAGAAGGAUGCUUGCCUGUCACACGUUGAUGGCCGCCCUUAUGCGCAGAUCGCUGGCCUCAAGGUCGAGGGGCAGCCAUGCGUCUGGUGUGGCGGAACGGCCUGCCAUGAGAAGGGGACCAUGUGCGAGCCGUACGAGUACGCGAUGCAGGGAGACGGUCAUGCCUUCGACGCGUCAGCUGCAAAGAGCACUUUCUUCACUGCUGCUUGCGAGGAUGGCAAGCCCGUGGAACACAGGGUCUCGUCUGCCCUGGUGGAAGCCGGCUUGCCGCUUCAGGUGGAUUGCGGAGUUCCGAACCCGACUUGGGACAAGGUCGGCAAGACGUGCGGAUUCUGCAAGGUCCAGGUGGCGAAGGAGGCUGCUUCCACCUUCAAGACCUGCGACGCCUACUGCAAGGGGCAGGGCAACCUCACUUGUGCUGGGGCAUGGUCGGCACACCCAUACAGCUGCGACGUUGCGUCCACCAAAAGCUGCGCUGCAGUGUUUACGGAUGAUCAGUGGCCACUGUGCCAGUGCAACGCUCCAGCUGCCACGGUGGCUGCCUCGUCAGCGGCAUUCGACUUGCCGCGCCCGGCAGAGGCUGAGCUCGCAUGCCUGUACACGGCGGAGCAGGGCUGCAGUGCUUUGGACAACGAGCUGGACUGCCUCGGUAACAAGGACGGCAGCUCCGUGACCGACAUCAAGGGCCUGAAGGUUCAGGGAGAGCCUUGCGUGUGGUGCGCAGGAGGGCCCUGCACGGACUACAGCGCCUCCAAAUGCGUUACCUACGACUUCUUGGCGCGGGGCCAGGGCCUGGCUGCCUUCACGGCACGGGUCGGCUUGCGAACUUACGAGCAACACCGGGGCAAGACGCAGAAGACGUUCCCUGAGCAGAAAGCAUGCCUGGCCAGCUACGAUGGCCGUCCAUACACGCAGAUCCGAGGCUUCAAGGUUGAGGGCCAGCCGUGCAUUUGGUGUGGUGGUGUGCCUUGCACCAGUGGCGGCAACCUUUGCGAGCCUUAUGAGUUCGGGAAGUACAGCGCGGAGAGUGCUGUCUGGUACACUGCUACCUGCGAGGCACUGGCCGCAACUCACUGUUGCGAGAAGUUUGCUAAGACUAAAGUCGGAUGGCAGAAUGGUGAGCCGGUCGAGCAUGAGAUUCCAAGCAAUUUCGCCAACUAUGGACAGACGAUUCAUGUCAGCGCCCCGGUCCGUGGAUGUCCUGUGCGCCAAUCUGAGCGAAAUGCGCUAUCCGUGGAGGUGAACUGCGGAGCGCCAGAGCCUGUGUGGUACAAAGUUGGUCUGUGCCUCGAAAGUCUUGCAAGAUUCGGCUUAGCUCCGCUCACGGACUCGCUUCACGGCGUCUUGCAGCCUUGGCGUCACUUCGACCAAGGCAACCUGACCUGCAAAGCAGCAUUCAAGGGUGCCAAGCACAGCUGCGACGAGCAGCAGAGGGCUCAGAGUGCACGCAUUCCAUCUGCUUACUCCUUCAGAUCCCGGAGCUUGCGUGUCCGCGGGGGGAAAGCAGGCAGUGACCGUUCAGCCAAGACCAUCGGAGGCACGGUAGCUUUGUUGACCUGGGAGGUGCAAUUUCAGAUCGGCAGCAAGGAUGCCAGCGACAAGGUUGCUGUGGCUGGCCUCAAGAUCCAGGGGGAGCCGUGCGUGUGGUGCGCCGACGGGCCCUGCACUAGCAACUCUGCCUCUCAAUGCGCCCCCUACGACUGGUUCGUGCGAGGUGAGGGUGUGGCCUUUACCACAAACUUGGCCACUGCCAACUUCAUUGUGGCUGAUUGCAAGGCGGACUCGGAUGCUGCGAUGGACAAUUCCAACGUUCAGUGUUUGGCCAAACAUACCAGCGGAUGCAACAGCAUCCAGGAUGAGCAGACGUGCCUCAGCAGCCUGGAUGGUCGACCGUACGAGUUCGUUGCCGGCUACAAGGCAGCUGGACAGCCUUGUGUGUGGUGUGGUGGUGGGGCAUGCACCUCGCAGAACGACAACAAAUGCGAGCCUUACGAUUACGUCGUCAAUGGUGCAGGCCAUGCCUUCCAGACAUUCCAUGCCACGGGGCUGUGGAAGAUGGCAGCCUGCGAGGGCGGUCGCGUGGUCGCGCAUGCUCUUCCUAGCUCCUUCACUCACGGCACCAACCUGCAGGUGCAAUGUGGCUAUGGGCCGUUGGCCGUGUGGACUCACACCAGUCGAACCUGUGGCGAGUGCCAAGUGAACGUGCCGCAAAUGAAGGACAACUUUGCGACAUGCCAGCACUACUGCGAGCGCCAGCCUGGUGCUCCCAAGUGCUUGGGUGCUGCCAUCGCUCAUCAUCCCAACUCCUGCGACGUCCAUACCCCUGCGGCCUGCGAUUACGAGUUCAAGAAGGAAGAGGACGGCAUUUGUAAGUGCAGUGUGGUAAAGCCACCCCACGAGCGGGUCCAGAAACUGUAUGCGCAGUGUGGCGGCAAGAACUGGAAGGGUUACGUGCAAUGCCAGGUUGGUGCUAUCUGCAAUGUUGUGAACGACUGGUACUCGCAAUGCCAGCCAUCCUUGAGUGCCAAGCCAGGGGUGAAAAUCAAUCCAUUCGGGGCCGAUUCCGAGACAGUGCUUGGUGUGGACGAAGAGGAAGUGGCGGCUUCAAUGGCUGCCGGAGCAGGUGCAGCCAUCGAGACGCCCAAGGCAGCUCCAACCGUGGUGGUGACGCCCAAGGCGGCUCCAAGCGUGGUGGUGUCACCGGUUGUGGCACCCGUUGUGGCGGCACCCAUUGUGGCACCACCGAAGCCCAAGGCGGUACCGGUUGUGGCACCACCGACGCCCAAGGCGGCAGUGCUGACGACUCCGUCUCUGGAUAUGUUGGCAGCGGAAGGAGACAUUGUACUCACAACUGCAGCGCUGCCAGAAGUGACGACACCCAAACCAGUGGCUUUGCCGAAGCUGACGACUCCCGAACCACCCAAGCCAGUGGCUUUGCCAGAGUUGACUACGCCCGAGCCUCCCACACCGGUCAGUGUUGCAACACCGGAGACAUCUAUGAUCCCUGCAGUCGCUGCUGCGGAGGAAGCAAAAGCAGGCUACAUCGCCGUCACUCCUGGCCCAUCUGAGCCUGCUGUGCCGACAGAGGCUGCCGCCACCGUGGCUCCUGCCGCCACCGAGGCUCCUGCCGCCACUGUGGCUCCUGUGGCUGCAGUGGCUGCCACCACGGUGGCUCCUGUUGCGGCCACUUUGCCUCCUUUGUCCACGGUGGCCCCUUUGGCUCCGGUUGCCAUCCGUGCCAAGGACGCCACUGACCAGUCAUCAGCCAUUGCUGAGACUACGGACACCGAAGCAAGCACAACAAAGAUGCCACACUCCGUUCAGGCAGGCCUCAAUGCUGCGGCAUUGAAAAGAGACGACCACGGCAGCGUGGCGGAGCAGGCCGUGUCUGCCGCGGCGACUGCCGGCGCCUACGAGGUGGCCAACUAUGGCUCAUCGCAGGAGAAGGCGCAGGAAAAGGCACUGCAGGCAGCUGUCAGCGUGUUCGAGGAUGUGGGAGGCCUUCCCGACGCCCAGGCAACUGUGGAGGGCGAGAAGGCACUCAAGCCUUGGCCCAAGAACCCCACAGUGCCGGAAGAAGGUCCCGAUCUCCUGCAGCGUCACGGCUUUGCGGACUGCUGGGAGCCUUGCGGCAAGAAGGCAGGCUACUGCUCCGAUUUCUGCGGAAGAGGAAACGCAUGCUGUCGGAAGACAGGCGAUAUCGUCGUCCCGACGGAGUGCAUGAAUGUUUACAGCUUCUACACGCCGCACUACGAAUGCAUCAAGCCAACGGCCAUCUACAUGCCGACCCAAAUCAAGGCCAAGGAAACUGCGGCCAACAGCACAGAGGUCGUCGUGGAGGGAGAGGUCGUUGUGGAGGAUGCCUCGGCAGUGGCACAGCCAGACGACAACUUCACCACCGGGCAGUGGGUGUUGAUUGCAGCAACCAUUCUGGCCCUGCUCUGCGCCGGCGUCGUCUGCUGGACUUUGUCGGAGGGCAACAAGCGAUCGGUCCCACUCAAAAUGACGCGCUCGGUGGAGGUCGCCUCUCCGACCUCGACUGGUGCAGACCUGGAGCUUCAGGCUCCUCUGACGGCUGGAGCAGCUCUGGGUGCCGUUGCCGCACACGUCGUCUCGGCUGCGCCAAUGGUCACGCAGCAGUAUCGCUUCCUGCCGGGGGGUACCUCACAAGGUUACCAGGCAGCUCCGAUGGAUGAUGGACUCGCUGGAGCUGUUUACUACCCCUCCACGCAAGUAGCCUAUGCCCCGCUUGUCGCUACCGUCGCUACCUCGACUCCAGUGCCCAUGGAACCGAUGAUGGCGGCUGGAAGUUCAGCGGUCCAGGGGCCACCAACACAAUGUCCUGCCUGUGGCAACAUUUACGCUAUCGACAGCGUGUUCUGCCGCAAGUGCGGAAUGAAGCGGCCAGAACACUGA